AUGGCCGCCGCAACGACUCUUCCCGCCCUGCUGGCGUCUCUGACACAGUCGCUGUCUCUGGCUCAAGAGGGAACCUCGAAAAUCUCAACCAUUGACCACCCCAAGGAUGGAAUCUCGCUCCUCGACGUCAAGAACGAGCUGCUGCUCUCGUACCUCCAGAACCUCGUCUUCCUCAUCCUCGUCAAGCUACGAAACGCAAAGUCAGAUGGAAAGGACGCUUCAAAAGAAGAGGACCACGGCUUAGACGACGCCGUGCGAACAAAACUUGUCGAGCUACGUCUGUUUCUCGAAAAGGGAGCCCGACCAUUGGAAGAGAAGCUGCGGUUCUCCAUCGACAGAUUUCUUCGGACGGCGGAAGAUGCGCAGCGACGCGAGAAGAUGAAGGAGGCCAAGGCCAGCGCAAAGACUGGGUCUAGCACGGACGAGUCGGGCUCAGGCUCUGAAGAUGACGACGAGGAUGACGACGAAGAGGACGAUUCCGAGGCCGAAGACGGUCACUCCAGGCCCCAGCCCAAGCGAGGCCAUCUCUCUGCCGCGCCCAACAUGGGCUCUCUCAUGGACGACGUCGCCAUCCGUCCUGCCAAGCGCGAUCAAAAUGACGAUGCUCCCGCCGGCGUAUACCGACCCCCUCGCCGCGAGCGCCAAGUCAUGGAAACGACCCAAACCCGCGAAAAGGCUGCCCGCCGCCCUAUGCGCUCACACACCAUGGAGGAGUUCGUCGCCUCUGAGCUUUCAUCCGCACCCAUGGCCGAGCCCAGCAUCGGCACGACCAUCGUCCAGGGCGGCCGCAGAAUGAAGACAACCCAGGAGCGCAAGGACGAGCAGGAGCGCACCGAAUACGAAGAAACCAACUUUACCCGUCUGCCCCAGGAGAGCAAGAAGGAGCGCGCCAAAAAGGCCAAGCAGGCCGGCCGCAGCGGGCGAAUGCAGUUUGGCGGCGAGGAGUGGCAUAAUCUCGGCGAGGGCGUUGAUCGCAUCGAUCGGUUGACCAAGCGAAAGGAGGGCGGCGCAGGAUCUGGCGUCAGAGCCAUGCUGGAGAAGAGCCGGAAGCGUGGAGGCGAUACGGAGGAUGGACCGAGAGGGAGCGGACACCAGAUGGGAGAGAGAUUCCACAAGAAGGCCAGGCUGAUGGAGAUUGGACGGGGAAGCAGAGGGAAGGGGAGGAAAUAG